AUGCCAGCACUGGGGAACCCGUCGCCAUUUCCAGUCACGGCGUGGCACAGAGCACAUCUCCCAACAGCCGCCACGCUCGCACCCCUCCGCUGCCGAGACGGGCAGAUCGGCUGCCUGCCCCGCUGCAACCUGGACCUGCUACUCCCCGGGCCCGACUGCCCCUUCCCCAGGAAGAUCGAAGUCCCUGGAGAGUGCUGUGAGAAGUGGAUCUGUGACCCGAAAGACGAAGUGAUUUUGGGAGGUUUCGCUAUGGCCGCCUACAGACAAGAGGCCACGCUCGGGAUCGAUGUGUCGGAUUCAAGUGCCAAUUGUAUUGAGCAGACAACAGAAUGGAGUGCUUGUUCCAGAAGCUGUGGAAUGGGCUUUUCCACCCGUGUUACCAACAGAAAUCAACGGUGUGAGAUGGUGAAGCAGACGCGGCUUUGCAUGAUAAGACCUUGUGAAAAUGAAGAAUCAUCUGAUAAGAAAGGGAAGAAAUGUAUCCGAACAAAGAAGUCCCUGAAAGCGGUUCGCUUUGAAUACAAGAACUGCAGCAGUGUGCAGACAUACAAACCUCGUUACUGUGGGCUCUGCAGUGACGGCCGAUGCUGUACCCCACACAACACCAAAACCAUCCAGGUUGAGUUCCGCUGCCCUCAGGGCAAAGUCCUAAAAAAGCCAAUGAUGUUGAUCAACACCUGUGUCUGUCAUAAUAACUGUCCUCAGAGUAACAAUGCUUUCUUCCAGCCAUUAGAUCCGACGUCUAGUGAAGCAAAAAUAUGAAAAGCAUAAAUUAGGUAGCACAAAAGGUAUAAAUAGUUUAUACAAAACUUGACCCACAAUCAGGUGAAUGUAACAAAUGUAUAUGUAAAAUAUCUACCAUGUUUUUCAGAACAGUCUAGGCGCUUCUUUUUUUCCUGUAGUUUAUUAAAUACCUCAUUUUACAUUUUCCCACUCCAAAUGUCUUAUAUUCACUUGAAGGAAAUUUUGUGCCUAGGACAGAGCCUUCUUUUUUUCUUGACGGUGGCAUAAAGAUUGCAAAGCGAACAGCUAGACUUUCUCCUUGAGUUAAGGGGAUCAUGCCACAAGCUCUUUAAGAAUAAAUGGAUUCCUUGGGGAAUGCAUGAUACCAUAUCACAUAAGCUUCCAGGUUCUUAACUUCACUUUGCAUAA